CGUCAGGGGCCAGGUGGAGCGGCAGCAUCAGCGGAAGCAUGGUUAAGGGCGUCAGUUGCAGGACCGUCGGCUGCCGGCUGGCGGACGCCGAAGUCCUCACCAGGAUCGAGUGCGAGCUGGUGGUCAGUCGGCGCCUCGGCACUCGCGACUUCGAGUUCCUCGACGUCAAACUGGCCAAACUGGGCGGCGACGGGCUGGGCUUCAUGAGCGAGCAGUACGCCGUGGACGUCCGGAUCCGCACCGCCGACAGCAAACUGUGCAACCUCAGGUUCUUCGCCAAGACUCUACCCCGUCAGUCGCGCCUACGGGAAGACUUUAUCGCUGCCUACGGUUGCUUCAACAGGGAAGUGGCGUUCUACUCGACCGUCGCGCCCUUGCUCAAGACUGCUCUGCAGCAGAAUGGGGGCAAACAGAAGUAUAUACCGGAAUGCUACUUCACGACCAAGGACACACUCGUCUUCGAAGAUCUGACCGAGGGCGAUUUCAGAAGUUUGGAGCCCGGUCAGGCUCUGGAUUACGACCACUGCUCGCUCGUACUGAAGAAUCUCGCCGCCCUGCACGCUGCCAGUAUCUUGCACGAGGAGAACGUUAUCACGUCGGAGGGGAAGAUCUACCGCAUAAGUGACAGCUGUUCAGUUGACCUAGUGGACAAGACGACCGCCACGGUGGAGAUAGACGGGAAGGCGAGGAACUGGUUCGAUUCGUGCGUCAAGACUGUGGAGCCGCUCUUGGAGUUGCUGCCCAAGUACAAGGGGAAGUGCGACGCGAUCCGAGCUGAGCUACCGCGCAUGCGGGCGGUGGCGGAAAGACUGUUGUCCCCGUCUGACGAGCUCCGCAACGUGGUGUGCCACGGCGACCUGUGGACGAGCAACCUGCUGUUCCGCUACCAGGCCGGCAGCCCCACGCAGGUGCGCUUCGUCGACUUCCAGAUGGCGCGGUACCUGCCGCCCAGCACUGACGUCAUGGUGUUCCUGCACCUAUCGACGCGGCGGAGCUUCCGCCAGCAGUGGGAGCCGCGCCUGCUCGGCGAGUACUACGAGGCGCUGGAGCGGGAGCUGUGGCACGGCGGCGUCGACGCGCAGCGUGUGCUGCCGCGCCAGCAGUUCCUGGACAGCUGCGAGGCGGCGCGCGACCUGGGGCGGGCCGUGGCGGCCGCCUACUGCCCCACCGUCCUCAUGCCCACAGAGCACACCGACGGCAUGCUGCGCAUGCGUGACGACUUCGAACGCAUCCUGCUGGUCGACCGAGGUCGGGAAGUCUGCGAGUGCUUCCUCGAGUACCCAGACUACCGCGACAGGGUUACGGAGGUCGUGCAAGAGUUUGUGGAUCACUGUAUCCUGUCCUCGAAUCCCAGCAUUCAAAAUGACUGAUGAUGGCCACAAGAAACCGUUGCAUUACUUUCUAAAAUCUCACGCCCUGAGGCGUUUGUGUCCUAGUCCUUAAACUGUAAGACUGAUUUUUCAGACCGACGGACUGCAGUUCUUGUUACAUCAACAACAUUCGUCGGCAACUACGCAACGACUCAGUUGCAUAAUCGCCAUCACUAAAAAAUCUAACCAUUCACCUGUUUCAUCUCCAUCAAAAUUUCAUAAGUGCCAGUUAUUAUAUAAUGUCUUAAGUAUUUAAAAUGAAAUAAAUUUUUUGUACCUUUUC